CAGUAUAUGUAGUUGUGAACGUUAAGUUCACGUUUAUUUUCCUCUAUUAUUUUAAACUUGAUUUAAUGUGGACCAAUAACAAGCACUACUACAUGUACUAAUAGACAUACUAUAAUAUAGACAAUAUGAGAUAUAUUUUAUUACUUGUUGUGUUGUUGGUAUUCGUUUUAUUAGCCGAUGGUAAAAAGAGAAGAAAGUUUCGAACAGAUUCAUAUGGUGAACCCAGACCUGGUCCCCAUCCUCCUGCGAUAGGUCAUAGACGAAAUAGAAUCAGCGCAGCAAGAACAACACCACCUGCAGGAGCGAAUUCACGGACACCAAAAACAUAUUACUGGAGAGUUCCUGCUGGUUAUAGAAUGGUACCACGCGCACCUGAGAGACCUAUAACUAGAUCUGUUACAGCACCACCAGAACCUCAUAGUGGUGAAUAUAUCAGAUUGCGUGGUAAUGCAUCAUCGUUUAAUGCUGGUAGAAUAGAAGUUUAUCGUGGUAGAAAAUGGGGUAUUGUUUGUGAUGAUGAAUGGGAUUUACAAGAUGCAUCAGUAGCAUGUAGACAAUUAGGAUUCAAACAAGGUGCGUUAUCAGCCAUUGGAAAGGCAUAUUAUGGUAUUCCAGCCGAGAAUACAGAUAUAUUAAUGGAUAAUGUCAACUGUAAGGGAUCAGAGUCUACAUUACAAUCAUGUCCCUAUACAACUGUACACGACUGUAGUAAAUCAGAAGCUGCUUCAGUUGUAUGUAAAGUUAAUGAAGGAUGUGACCCUGGAUGGGUAGCCUGGGAUGGUAGUUGUUAUAAAUUCUUCGGUGGUGCCAGAAAUCUAAAACAAGCUAUAGAAAAAUGUGCUGCAUUAGAUGCUGGUCUGGUUACGAUACAAUCACAAGCAGAAAAUAAUUUUCUUUCAAACGUAAUAAAAUUGACUGCUAGAGCAUCUCAUGUAUGGUACACCGGUGGUAAAAGAAUGAAAAGAGAUUGGAAAUGGUUUAAAGUGGCUCUGACAUCAACAUUACGUUUACCUGGUAGAAGAAAAUCCAGAGCUCCAUUAUUAACAAAAGCUGCCAUGGAGUUUGAUAAUUGGUUUCCAGGUUGGGGUCCAAACAGUUAUGCAGCGGAACCGUUAGCGCUUAGAAGAUAUUAUUGUCUGGUAUUAACAGAUAUGUUUUUACAUCCGAAUGGUACACAAGUUCAAGUUGAUUAUUUCUACUGGGCAGCUAAAGUUUGUGCUAGUCGUGUUUUACGAUUUGACUUUAUUUGUGAAAAGGAAGGCCAACCUGAACCAUUAGAAUGUUAUAAAAGUCUUAAUGGAAGUGAAUAUAGAGGAUUUGCAUCAGUCACAGAGAAAGGCUCAUUAUGUUUAAACUGGACAGAUUCUAGGUUGGUCAAUCCUCAAACCCACCCUGAUAAGGGAUUAGGUCAACACAAUUUAUGUCGUAAUCCAGAUGGUGAUGCUAAACCCUGGUGUUGGGUUGAUCAUAGAUUGAUGAAAUUUGGUUAUUGUUCUGUGCCUGCUUGUAACAACGAUACAGUUACACAAGAAACACAAACACAUGCUGAUUGUCCUGGGGAAGAAUUCUUUUGUUCGGCAGAAAAAACAUGUAUUAAUAAAGAAUGGCAUUGUGAUGGAGAACAAGAUUGUAGUGAAGGAGAAGAUGAGAUAGCUUGUGAUUAUGCAAUAAAUGACUUUGUUCAACUACAAAACCGAGUUGUAACAGAAUAUAACAAUAGAAUUGAUUAUAUUAAUUCAACUUUAGAAUUUUGUGCCAAGAAAUGUUUACAGACACGAGAUUUUGUAUGUAGAUCUGUCCAGUAUGGUGAGGAUAGUGGGGAUUGUUUCUUUACUGAUUCUAAUGCUCAAAAUGGUGACCUUGAAUUCAGCUUGAAGUAUGAUUACUAUCAAGUUAAAUCACAAACAGAAAAUUGUACCGGACAGUUUAUGUGUAAAAACAACAAGUGUAUACCAAUGACAGAUGUCUGUAAUGGACAAGAUAAUUGUAAUGAUUUCUCAGAUGAACAGGACUGUGAUACAACAACAUCACCAUUAGAAAUACGAUUAGUUGGGGGAAGUGAAGAACAUUCUGGUAGAUUAGAGAUUAAAUAUAUGGACGAAUGGGGAACUAUAUGUGAUGAUCAAUGGGAUAUUAAAGACUCAAACGUAGCUUGUAGAAUGCUGGGAUAUCCAGGUGCUGAGAAAUUAUCAGUAUUUGCCGAGUUUGGUCCAGGAGAAGGAAAUAUUCUGUUAACAGAUGUACAAUGUAUUGGAAAUGAGACAAGUUUAGAAGAUUGUGAUAAAUCACCAUGGAGAAAACAUUCUUGUAACAUAUAUGAAGCUGUGGGUUUAUAUUGUAGAACAGAAAAAGUAUGUGAAAGCGAACAGUUUUUAUGUGAUAAUGGUAAUUGUAUUAGGGGUGAUUAUGUUUGUAAUGAAGAAGAUGACUGUGGUGAUAAUUCAGAUGAAGCAGAGGAUGGUUGUAUACAAAUAAUAGUAGAGUUAGUGAACGGUACGAGACCUAAUGAAGGUAGAGUAGAGAUUAUAAGAAAUGGUAUUAAGGGUACUGUAUGUGAUGAUGAAUGGGGUGAACAAGAUGCUGAAGUUGUAUGUAAGGAGUUAGGUUAUAAGUUAGGUGGUAAAGUGGUAAAGAAAGGAACAUUUGGUCAAGGCAGUGGCAUUAUAUGGUUAGAUAAUGUCAAGUGUGAUGGAACUGAGACGUCCAUAGAAUGGUGUGAUGGACCAGCAUGGGGUGUACAUGAUUGUGACCAUGAAGAAGAUGCAGGUGUUUUCUGUUAUAUUGGUUCCGAGACAGAAACAGAAUUAAAAGUUGAAUUGGUAGAUGGUAAAACACCAAAUGAAGGUCGUGUAGAAAUCACAUUAAAUGGAGAGAGAGGAACUAUAUGUGAUGAUGGCUGGGAUAAUAAGGAUGCUACAGUUAUUUGUAGAAUGCUGGGAUAUCGGGAAGGUGGUAAAGCUUUAGUAAAAUCACCAUUUGGUGGUGGACGAUCAAGGCUACCUGUUAUUACUGAUGAAGUUGAUUGUACUGGUAGAGAAAGCUCACUGGAAGAAUGUGAUACUUCUCACUGGUUUGAACAUGACUGUGAUCAUGAUGAAGAUGCUGGAGUUCAUUGUUUUAUUGCUCCAGAGAAAAAUCAAACCGUGUCUAUAGUUGGGCAGUGUGGUCUAAUACCGCUCGAGAAAACAGAUUUCGCGUCCAGAAUCAGAAGAGAAACUGAGCAAGUUUACUACCCAGUUGCCCAGAAAAUAGUUGGUGGAGAUCUUGUUGAACAUGGCAGAUAUCCAUGGCAAGUUGGCGUCCGUAAAGUGUACAAUCGCUAUGACAACGGUGAAAUUAUAUCUGGCCACUGGUGCGGGGGAUCUAUUAUCAGUGAUAGUUGGAUUAUUAGUGCUGCCCAUUGCUUCAAUAAUUUAAGAAAAAAUAGAAUAGUUGUAAAUGUUGGAGAUCACAGUCACAAGAGGCAGGAUACUAGUGAACAACAAUUUGAAGUAGCAGAACUUAUACCUCAUUUUAACUACAACAGAAGAACACAUGACUUUGAUGUAGCAUUAAUAAGAAUCAAACCUAAGAAUGGGAAAGGUAUUAUAUUCAGUGAUUAUGUACAACCAAUAUGUCUACCUAGUUCAGAUACAGAAUAUACAACUGGUGCAAGAUGUUUAGUAUCUGGUUGGGGAGAUACUGGUCGAGGUUAUUAUCCCGAUUUAUUAAAGGCUGCUGUAGUACCAUUAUUAGAUAAAAGAUUAUGUAAUAGAUUAUAUAGAUAUGGUCUAUCUAAUAGAAUGUUAUGUGCUGGUUAUGUUGAAGGUGGUAUAGACACCUGUCAAGGUGAUUCAGGUGGACCACUUGCCUGUAGAAUAAAUGAUAAGUUUACUCUGAUGGGAGUUACCUCAUUUGGGAAUGGAUGUGCUAAACCAAAUUCGCCUGGUGUAUAUUCACGAGUUUCAUCAUUUAUUGGCUGGAUAAAUGAAAAUACCAAGUGACGAGAAAGAUAUUUAUAUUAAAUAGAUUGUUGUUGUUAUUGACAGAUUGGGGGCAAUGUAAGAUAAUGAAUAAAGAGUAAAUGUCUCAAGAUUUGUCAAUGUAUAUGAAUUAAAUAUUGCUAUAUGUAUUGUUUAAAAGUAUACUCUUACUGUUGUAAUAAAAUUAUGAAAGUAC